CUGAGCCGUUACUGUACCACACUUUACUAAAAUUCACUCCAGACUAAACGCUUCACCAUUUGCCGUCCAAAACCCUAAUGUUAAUCCCUUGUCCCCAUUUCUGUCAAUUCGGGUUUAAAGAGCAACAUUACAGGAUAAUUGAAGCUCGCAGAAUGCGAAAAGAAGUUACGUUGAUUAAAGAAUCAACUGAAUUUUGAUGUAACAAUGAUUGAGUUUUUUUUUUUUUUAAAUUAAUUUGUUGGGAUGAACUCUAUUUUGCUACCUAAACAUGUAGCUGCUGUACUAAAGUACCAAAAGGACCCACUCAAAGCACUUUCAAUUUUCAAUUCUGUGAAAAAAGAAGAUGGGUUCAAGCACACAUUUUUAACGUACAAGCGUAUGAUUGAGAAACUUGGGUUUCAUGGUGAAUUCGAUGCAAUGGAGCGUGUCCUCAUGGAGAUGAGGCUGAAUGUAGAUAAUAGUCUGUUGGAAGGAGUGUAUGUUUCAGCCAUGAGAAAUUAUGGAAGGAAAGGGAAAGUUCAAGAAGCUGUUGAUGUGUUUGAAAGGAUGGAUUUUUAUAAUUGUGAGCCAUCGAUUUUUUCUUAUAAUGCAAUUAUGAAUAUAUUGGUCGAGUAUGGAUAUUUUAAUCAAGCUCAUAAAGUGUAUUUAAGAAUGAAACAUGAAGGAAUUGCUCCUGAUGUUUGUACAUUUACAAUUAGGAUAAAGUCAUUUUGUAGGACAAAAAGGCCUCUUGCAGCUUUAAGGCUUCUUAAUAACAUGCCUUCCCAGGGAUGCGAGCUCAACGCGGUUGUGUAUUGUACUGUGAUUAGUGGAUUUUAUGAAGAGAAUUAUCAAGUUGAGGCUUAUGAAUUGUUUAAUAAGAUGCUUCGUCUGGGUAUAUUUCCUCAUAUUGCUACUUUUAAUAAGCUUAUGCAUAUUCUUUGUAAGAAGGGGCAUCUCCAAGAAGGUGAAAAACUGCUCAACAAGGUGCUGAAGAAUGGAGUAUGUCCAAAUUUAUUUACCUUUAAUAUCUUCAUCCAAGGGCUUUGCAGAAAAGGUGUGCUUGAAGGCGCUGUAAGUUUGUUGGACAGUGUCACUAGAGAAGGCCUAGCUCCUGAUGUUGUCACAUUUAAUACAUUAAUAUCUGGAUUGUGCAAGAACUCUAAGGUUGUAGAAGCGGAGAAUUACCUGCAUAAAAUGGUGAAUAAAGGAUUAGAGCCUGAUGACUUCACAUACAACACUAUAAUUUAUGGAUAUAGUAAAGUGGGUAAGAUACAGGAUGCUUCUAGGAUUCUGAAAGAUGCAAAAUUCAAAGGAUUUGUCCCUGAUGAGUUCACAUAUUGCUCGCUAAUUAUUGGGGUAUGCCAGGAUGGUGACAUAGAUCAUGCCCUGGCUCUUUUUGAGGAGGCAUUGGGGAAAGGAUUAAAGCCUAGCAUUGUUCUAUAUAACACACUUAUUAAAGGGUUGUCUCAGCAGGGACUUGUUUUGAAAGCAUUGCAGCUGAUGAAUGAUAUGUCAAAAGAAGGUAUGAGCCCUGAUAUAUGGACUUAUAAUUUAGUUAUAAAUGGUUUGUGCAAGAUGGGUUGUGUCUCUGAUGCCAACAAUUUACUGAAUGCUGCUAUUGCCAAAGGAUAUCUUCCAGACAUUUUUACAUUCAAUACAUUAAUUGAUGGUUACUGUAAACGAUUGAAAAUGGAUAAUGCAAUUGGGAUUCUAGAUAGCAUGUGGAGCCACGGAGUCACUCCUGAUGUAAUCACAUAUAACUCUAUAUUGAAUGGUUUGUGCAAGGCUGCAAAACCUGAAGAUGUUAUGGAAACCUUCAAAAUGAUAAUGGAGAAAGGGUGUUUACCUAACAUAAUUACGUAUAAUAUACUUAUAGAGAGCCUAUGUAAAGCUCGGAAGGUGACUGAGGCUCUAGACUUGCUGGAAGAAAUAAGAAACAGGGGACUGAUUCCAGAUCCUGUUAGUUUUGGCACAGUGAUAAGUGGUUUUUGCAAUAAUGGGGAUUUGGAUGAAGCCUACCAGCUAUUUAGAAGAAUGGAACAACAAUAUAGGAUUUGUCACACAGUAGCUACCUACAAUAUCAUGAUCAAUGCUUUCUCUGAAAAGCUAGACAUGGAUAUGGCACAGAAACUUUUUCAUGAGAUGGGAGAUAAAGGCUGUGACCCAGACAGUUACACAUACCGUGUCAUGAUUGAUGGCUUCUGUAAAAUGGGAAAUGUUAAUUCUGGAUAUGAUUUUCUUCUGAAAGAGAUUGAGAUAGGAUUUGUUCCUUCCUUGACAACAUUUGGGCGGGUAAUUAACUGUCUUUGCGUGCAGCAUAGAGUUCACGAAGCAGUUGGUAUUGUCCAUCUUAUGGUGCGCACUGGUGUUGUUCCUGAGGCUGUGGUUACAAUCUUUGAUGCUGAUAAAAAGGCGGUUGCAGCACCAAAGAUAAUUGUAGAAGACUUGUUGAAGAAAAGCCAUAUAACAUAUUAUGCAUACGAACUUCUUUAUGAUGGAAUUAGAAAUAAAAAGCUGCAAAAGAAUAAAGCUUCCAAGGAGGUGUUAACAUGACUCAUGAAAGAGUGGAUAUCACAUUCUUGAUUUCAGAGUUGGAAUUUUAUACAUUUGAUUUUGAUGAAAGUCAAACAAGCAACCCAACUGACAUAUUUCAAGUACAAAGUACUUAGCAGCUUCAAUGGAAGUUAAUUAUUUUCCGCAGAAAACGAUGUUAGUGCCGUCUCACUUUUCCUUUUUGUGAAUAUCUAUUAUGUUAUGUUGUAUAUUUUUGUUUUGUCUAUAUAGUUUUUCCAGAUGUUGCAGGAUGAAUAUGGGGAUAAUUAAACACAGCCUAUGGAAUGUCUAGUCCUUCAUAAGUGGCAUGAUACAGGUGACUGCAAGAACUGUUGUCACCUGGUGGACCAUGAAGAUGCUCUUCACUCAAGCCUCAGAAACUAUUUGCAGAAUUAAAUGUCCUAAAUUGUGAUUCAGUCAUGUUUAGGUAAGGAAGAAAGUUUCAUAGAGGGUUUCUCUGUACUCGUGAUAGAUCCUCUCUGUAAUUCAGAUGCAGUUAGGCAUGCUAUUGAAAAUAGUGGCCUUAUGGUGCUUGUGUUAUUCAAUCGAAUGUAGGAACAUAGACUAGGAGUUAAUCAUCACUAAAUUUGAAUUUUUGAUUAUGCGUUCAUAAAAAGCUUUGAUCGGCCCAUACAUGCAGGAACACACGGAUACGUUUAGAGACGCAGAUGAUUCCUAUGUCAAGUAUGGUCGAUGAUUUAUAUGUUGACAUUUUAUGAACUUUGUAUUUGUUAUCAGGAGGUAGAUAAUCUCAAAUGUGAUUGAAGGCAAAGGAGUACUUGCAGGUGUCACAAGCAAAACAAUAUUUUCAAUUUCAGAAGUGUCAUCACCUUUAAUGGCCAUCAUUUUUGGUUUAUUGGCUGGUAAAUGUGGAGAGAGAGAGAGAGAGAGAGAGAGAGAGAGAGAACCAAGGAGCUUUGAUGUGGUAAAAAUGUUUUCCCAGAUCAAUUGCAGGUGGGGGCAAGAAGGCUUUUCCACUUUUAGGCAAUCCAUGGUUUUUAGAACAGAUGCAAGCAUUUUUGCCUGUGCAGUGUGCAAUAAGGCACUGUUAAUGCUGUAAUUUCAAUAUUAUGAAAGUUUCACGCA